CAGGUGACUAAACACCGACCCAUCCGUAUCGUUUCUCCUUCUGGAAGCUGCUAACAUUUUCACACCUGGGGCUUCGCCACUGAACCAAAACCAUUUGAUUUGAUUUCUGUGCCAAUUUUGGGCCAUUACACUGAAGCCAACACCAAACUCAUACUACGAUACUCUUCUAAAACCUUCAAUCAAACAAUCCAAUUCCCUUUCCCCAAUAACCCAUUCCCCCCCUUCUUCUUCACUCUUCUGUUUCCCAUAUCAUUGUUCCAAUGCUAUGGCCUUGAGCCACCGCAAUCGCUCUACAAAUCAGGGUCUCUCUCGAAACUCCCAGAAUCAUUUGGCUCAUACAGUUCCAGCUCCAUUUCUAGUCGAUUUCCCGAUGACCCAGGUAGGUAAAUUGCAAGGGUUCUUCAUUUUUUGAAAUAACAAGUUUCCCAGUUCCAAUUUGACCAUGGAUUGAAGUUUAGGCGAUUUGGGUAGUGAGAAUUCUCUGUCUGUAGUCUAGCAUUUUCAUUCUUACUGUAAUUUUGUAGUUCAGGGUUUUGAUUUUUCAUUACCCACAUAUGAAUUGGCGUUCUUGUCAGUGCAAUAUAUGUAUAGCUUGUCAAUUGUUGUUUGCCUCAACGCAAGAGGUGCUUUGGGUUAGAUGAAAACGAGGCAGAAGACAACUGAUAUAAGAAGGCUAUCGAGUAAUUGGCUCAGUGUUGGAUCGAAGGAAAAAAAGUGGUGGGGAAGUAAUUAUGUUGGUAUUUUAAAAUGUCAUCUGUUCAUCCUCAAACCAGAGAUUUUCUGGUCAGUCCCUCAACUUCCCCUUUGCAGCCUUCUUCUUCUUCUUCAUUAGCUUAUAACAGUGACUACUUAAAACAAGAACCAAUUCCACCCACUUCCUCUAGCAGUAAAAUAAGCCCUGCAGUUCUUUUAGUUAUUAUUAUUCUGGCUCUUUUCCUUUUCAUAUCUGGUCUUCUUCACUUGCUAGUGAGAUUACUUGUAAAGCAACGUUCCUCGUCAUCAUCAAUAUCUGAAUCCAAUAGCAAUAGAUUCCCUGAAAUGUCUGAAUCAUCUGCUUUUCAAAGACAGUUACAACAGCUCUUCCAUCUUCAUGAUUCAGGUCUAGAUCAAGCCUUUAUAGAUGCCCUCCCCGUUUUCCUUUACAAAGAGAUAGUGGGUUUAAAAGAACCAUUCGAUUGUGCUGUAUGUCUUUGUGAAUUUUCAGAACUAGACAAGCUAAGAUUGCUCCCUACUUGCAGUCAUGCUUUUCACAUUGAUUGCAUAGACACGUGGUUACUUUCUAAUUCAACUUGCCCUCUUUGUAGAGGGACCCUUCAUUCACCUGUGCUUGCCAUUGAAAACCCUGUAUAUGGUUUUGAAGAGUCAGAAGAAACUGAAGUGUCUACAGAGGAUGGAAGAUUUGGCAUUCCUACAGCUCAUAAGGCUUCAGAGAGUGAAAUUAUUGGUGAAAGAAGAGUGUUUUCAAUCAGACUUGGCAAAUUUAGGAACUUGAAUAAUGGAGGAUUGAGAGGGUUAGAGAAAGAAGAGGGAGAAACUAGCAGUAGCAGUUUGAGUGCAAGAAGAUGCUAUUCAAUGGGGUCCUAUCAGUAUAUUGUGGCUGAUUCAGAGUUGCAAGUCGCAUUACGUACGAGUAAUCGCAACGGUGGGGGAAGUAUGAGAUUUGUUAAAGUAAUAAGAGAUUCACAAAUUGGGAAUUGUCCAAUUGAUGAUGAUGAUGAUGCUGACGGGAAGAAGAUUAACAUUGGAAGUAAAAACGAAAGCUUUUCUGUUUCAAAAAUCUGGUUAUGGUCCAAGAAGUCUCGACAGCCAAGUGGUUCAGACACCCAUGUGCGAGCUAGUUAAGGUUCUGGGGUUGUGUCAGGGACAGUUAAUCUUGAGAUAUGUUGAGUUGACGACCUUACUUAAGAUCUGUUCUAUAGGUUGUUCUUGAGUUCUAAAGAUACGUUGAGUUGAGGUCUUCUUACUGUCUUUUUGUACUUUCUUCAUGAGCUAUCAACGACCUCAUUUAUUGGAAAACGAUAAUGAAAUGAAUCUUUAAGGUCUGAAUUAUCAUUUGGUUAUAGAAUCACAGGCACAUUUGCUUUCUA